AUGGUGGCGCCCAUGGUGAUCGCGUCGGCGGGGCUCCGGAUGCUGGCGGGCGUUGCCAUGGCGAACCGGGGAGACGGGCUGCCGGCGGCGUCCAGGUGGGACGCGCGGCCCCGUUGCUCCACGUGCAGCGGCACCGGCCGGGAGGAGUGCCUCUGCAGCCGUUGGUCCGACGGCGACGUCGGCUGCGGGACGUGCUCUGGGUCUGGCCGCAAGCGGUGCCGCAGCUGCGGAGGCUCUGGCACCGGUCGGCCGCUCCCGGCGCGACUCAUCGUCCAGGAGCAGAAGCUGCCAACCCCGCCCGGGCGACGCGGAGACUACAACUGA